CGCAGCUAGAGCUAGUGCUCGGCCAUGGCCGAGGCGAGCAAGCGCAUCGACCUCGCCGCGCCGCUGCUCUCCGUGCGGCGCCACGGCGGGUUGGGCCUGGGCGGCGCGUUGCGGUACGGCGAACGCUGCGACGAUGCCACCCCCCGCCCCGGAGGCGUGCCGUUCGGGUGGGAGCGCCGGCCCGGCCACCCCAAGGGCGUAGGCACGCCACCGCUGCCCGGGCCGGACCAGGAGGCCGCGGUGCGCUUCUCGGACGCGCUCUCCCGCCCCGACAGCUGCUACACCGUGAGCUGCAGCGACGCGGCCGGCGCGACGGCGUCGGCGGCCCCGAGCCCGAGCCCCCGCGGCAGCGUCAUGAUGGACCGCUUCUUUCUGGCGGCCAAGGAGCAGUGCGUCUUCCGGAAGGCCGCCACCGCUGCUGCCAACACGCGCACCCCCACCAGCGACAGGUUGCCGGGGCGCCUCCCUGUCCAGCACCUGCCGGCGAGCCACGUCCACGUGCAGCGUAACCAUGUAAAGGACGCGGACGGCAACGGGGAGGACGACGAGUGGGAGGUGCACAGCACGGCGGGCUUCGCGUCCAAAAGGAAGUGCGGGCUGCUCCCCGCGCGGUGCGCCAAGAGCGCCCUGCUGCUCCUGAACCCGGCGCGGUCCACGAUGAGGCGCCGCCGAGGCGCGCGGCGCUUCCUAUCCGGCUGCGGCAGCAGCCGGCGCGAGACGAACCCGCUCCUGCCGCGGGUCGGGCAGCACCCUGAUCUCGACGCUGGCACGGUCACGGGAAGCAGCUGGGAGGAGGUGUACAUCAGCUCGCUGCGGCGAUCGGACCGAGGCGCCGUGCAUCCCAAGGCCACCCAUCUCGGCCUGCUCCUGGUCCUCGACGGGGCCGACGGCGGUGCGGCCUCGCCGCUGCCGCCUCCCAAUCCCAAGUGCGUCAGGCCGCCGACGGCGAAGGCGAACGUCGGCGGGAAGACACCCCGCAGGCUCAACGCCGUCGGCCAGGGCUUCCCGCCGCCGCUACCUCCCUCGCAGGAGAGGACCGUGGCUCGCCGUGACGACAAGAUGGUGCUCGCAUUGCCGUCGCCCAAGACGCCGUCGGAGUCGUGGCUCUCGCGUACGCUGCCGACCGUGUCGUCGAACAGGCUGACGGCCACUUCGUUCAUGGGGCUCCACGUGCAGCAGCUCAGGAAUCAGCGCGCUCCGUCUCGCUGGUGCUCCAGCGAUCAGGCCAAGGUUAUCGAUCAUGGCGCCAGGCCACGGCAGAUACGAAUAUAUGAUCCUUGCUAGUGUAGUUGCAUCCAUUUGGUUAUGAUCUGGUCAUGCGUUGCUCCGCAGCUCAAUCUCUAGUAAAAGUAAUAAGCUCAUCCUGCUGCUCAGUUGCGUCCAUUUUGUUCCAUGGCGGUGAAUUGCGGGUGUUCUCCAUUGGCGCCAUUGUUUGCAGCUCCAGAAGUGCGCCUAGUUCAGUGUAUAGGUCUGCAGAUGUAAUACUGCAUUUCUCAGUCGAUACUUGUUUUACCUCGGCUUAGGUACAUCAAGUCACAAUGACCACAAAAGGGUUACAUUGCCCGUAAAGCGGCAUUGGAGGAAGGUAAUCAUAAUGACAUGUACAAGGGUUACAUGGUUCAUUAUGAUUUAUCAAUGCAGAUUUGCAG